AUGAAGCUAGAAGCUGGAGAACCUCUUGCUGUCAGGAUCUGUUCAAUAGAAGAACCUACUUUGUAUUUCCAAUGGGAGGAACCCGAACCUCGCAGUUGCGGUGAAACAAUGAAUGACGUCACCCUUGAACGUGUCGCAAAGGUCAACGUGACUACAGGGAAUGCAGUUGAAGUUGCCGAGUUUCUGGCCACUCAGACAUCGGAACCUGGGUCAGAUGAUGUUGAGGCGGUUUCUGAUAUUUUGAUGAACAUUGUCGAGGCAGGAUCGGGCGACACCGAGGUGACAGAGUUGGUACUUGAGACCGUCAACAAUGUCAUCAUGGCAAGUGCAGAGCCCGAUUCUGUCAACUCGGCCAGCUCAUCAGCGAUCGUCCGAUCCGUGGAGACUCAAGUCUCCUUGACCCUUAGACAAGAGGGUAAUGUCAGCAUCCGUCAGGAGACCAUCCACGUGAAAGCGGUCAGUCUGGAUCGAGCGCAGUAUAGUAAUGGCUUCAGCUUCGUGUCGGUACGGCAGCCUGGACAAGGGCCACCACCAGAGGGCUCACUGGAUGGAACUCAAGUCGAGACUUAUGGGGAUGAAAUCCCCUCGGAUAUCGACGUGGUCGCAUCUGUCCAACUACCUGGGAGCAUUGUGGGUAGUGGUUCAAGCCCUUUGCAAGUGAGUUUCUUAAUCUACGCAAAUGACACGCUGUUCCAGUCAGCUUCCAACAGAAGACACACAGAUGAAGAUAACACGACACGUAAGGUUGCCGGCUCUGUCGUCUCGCUGACUGUGGAAAAUGUGAACCUCGUCAACCUCACGGAUCCCGUGGUGGUACAAUUUAAGAAGCCCAGUAAUACAACUAUCAAAGAACUAAACACCACCAAGUGUGUCUCCUGGGACUUUAAACUCGAGGACGGCGUCGGGGAUUGGUCGGAUGUUGGGUGCACGCGCGCAGACGUAGACAUGACCGAUGACGUGGUGUCUUGCUAUUGCUACCACGCCACAAACUUUGCAAUCCUUGUGGAUGUCAAGGGGCAAAAGACUGAGGACACUCCUUAUAAGAAAGCUCUUGAUAUCCUCAGCCAGGUCGGAUGUGCCUUGUCCAUCAUUGCCCUGGUUAUCACGCUGAUAAUAUAUAUCACUAUCAGAAAACUACGUACCGGCAAAUCUCGGCAGAUCUUCAUCCAUUUCUGCUUCUCCUUGCUGAUGUUGUACAUUGUGUUCCUCGCCGGCGUUGACAGUGCAAGGGGUUCAGGCGGCGGUUGUGUGUUUGUGGCCGCUUUACUCCACUACCUGACUCUAUCCACUAUGUUGUGGAUGGCCGUUGAAGCCAGGAACAUGUACGUCAGUACGGUGAAGGUGUUCCCAGAAGACACGCCACGAUACAUGGUGAAAGCCUGUCUCAUUGCGUGGGGUUCUCCAUUGAUAGUUCUGACUGUAACCUUAGCAGCAGCGGUAAGCCACUACGACAACGAGGACUAUUGUUUCAUGAAACCAGAUCUUGUGCUGUUCAUCGGCCUCCUUGCUCCCAUUGGUCUCAUCCUCAUCCACAACAUCAUCACCUUCAUCUUGGUCAUGCGCAGUCUCCUGAAGGUCCGAGAGGCAUCCCGCUCCCAGCAGAUCUCCAAACGCCUCCAGAACGCCGUGGGAAUCUCCGCCCUCAUGGGCUUGACCUGGACUUUCGGGUUCCUGGCCAUUGCUCAUGAUGGUGCAAGGGAUGCCUUUCAGCUCCUCUUCUGCAUUUUCAACUCCUUGCAGGGAGUGAUUGUCUUCAUCAUGUUCUGUGUUCGCCGCGAGGAGGUUCGCGUUGCCUUGGCACCUUACGUAAGACGCAUCCGUUGCUGCCACCCGCCGGCCCGAGCGAGCCAAAAACAGUCCUAUGAUCUGCCUGAGAUAUCCCAGAGUGCUACCUCCCCAUCAAGUGUGCACACCGCAGAGUUGGAUAUUUCCGUGUCGGGGUUGUAAGGCAGACACAGUCCACAAUACAAUAAUGAUUCAGUGGACAGUUAUCAUAAGUCCUUAUCAGAUUUGACCUGGAAUCCGGUUCAGAUUUGACCUCACACUCUUUUGCAUGACAUGAGGUGAUUUUGCCUCUUAAAAACCACGGUCGUGUACUUCAUACUCGUAGUUUAAAUUUCACACAGCCCACUGCAAAAUUAUCCGGUAUAUCCCGUCAGGCAAUUUGCGAAACCACAGGUGGCCAGUCGAUCCUCUCUGGACACAAACACUCUACACAGAGUCGUGAACUAUAUACACCCGAGGACAAUGCUUUGUGUUUCCCUUUGUCCCUGUAAUAUAACUCUCUUCCAUAAACUAAGCACACAACGUACGAUCGAGGACCGUUUUCAAUAAAAUCCCAAACGCCCGAGGACUGGAUCCUUUGUUCUCACCUUUGUGUAUGUCCUCUUUUGUAAAGUCGUACAUGUAAAUACACAAGCAGGUUCGAAACACCUUCAUUCGUGGACCCCCUAUUGUCCCGCCUUAGUUUACACUUAAUACUUUUAACUUUUUAGGAAGACCUCCCUUAUGUAUCGCGGACCUUCGGGAAUUGUGGACCAUAUUGUCCUCUUUUGUUCAACGUCUCCUGUUAAAUGCAAAAGCAAACCCACAUACACCCAGUCCCAUAAUUCAGGAUUUCCGUUGUUUGUGUUACAAUUUCAACAAUAAAAAUAUGCUGCUUUUAUCACUGGCUACAUGAACAAAUAUUACAAUGAAUGUUAUAUUUAUUGAAGAUCUGUGUUUGUGAAGGCCACUCAAGAAGUAUUUGGGCAAAAUAUAAUAUGUCAUUAGUCAUUAAGUCAAGUGAUAAUAAAUAUUUCAUGCUUGUGGUGGCAAGUAAUAAACUCCCGCAAGGCAAGGGGAUUAAAUCUUGAGACAAAAAAAAAGCUGAAAUCCUGGUACAGGCUAGGGCAAAAAAAA